CCGGCUCUUCCGCUGCUCCAGCUCUGGCUCUCCCUUGAACAGCUCCUAGAGAGAACAAGGCGUGCGGAGCUCGGAUCACCAGCAUCAUGCUCCUUGGGCUUGGAUCGUAGAUCCCCCUCUUUGAACACUAAAACAACUCCUUCGUCUUUCAGCGUCCCAAGCAGACCCAGCGACAAAACAAGCACGUGAGAGAGAGAGGAAAGAAAGAGGAGGAAGACGAAAAUCUGCAACCAAGGGGACUAAAGCAAAGAAAAAGAGUGCUUUGCUUGCACAGCUGCAAAGUGGGAAUUUAAAGAGCUGCAGAGAGAGAAAAUCCAGCUCAUCAGCACAUACACAUUGCAGAAUUACACAGCCAGGUAGAAAUGACAUCAACAGGGAAAGAAGGCAGCGGAGCUCAACAUGCACAAUAUGUUGGACCCUAUCGUUUGGAGAAAACCCUAGGAAAAGGACAGACAGGACUUGUGAAGUUGGGGGUUCACUGUGUCACGUGUCAGAAGGUCGCGAUAAAAAUUGUCAACAGAGAGAAGCUCAGUGAGUCGGUGCUAAUGAAGGUGGAGCGGGAAAUAGCCAUCCUGAAGUUGAUAGAACAUCCCCACGUUUUAAAGCUGCAUGAUGUUUACGAAAACAAAAAAUAUUUGUAUUUGGUGCUAGAACAUGUGUCAGGUGGGGAGCUCUUCGACUAUCUCGUAAAAAAGGGAAGAUUGACACCAAAAGAAGCCAGGAAGUUCUUCCGACAAAUCAUCUCUGCUUUAGACUUCUGCCAUAGUCAUUCAAUAUGCCACAGGGACUUAAAACCAGAAAACCUACUGCUGGAUGAAAAGAACAACAUCCGGAUAGCAGACUUCGGGAUGGCAUCGCUGCAGGUUGGGGACAGCUUGUUAGAAACCAGUUGUGGAUCACCGCAUUAUGCUUGUCCUGAAGUCAUCCGGGGAGAAAAAUAUGAUGGAAGGAAAGCAGACGUCUGGAGCUGCGGAGUCAUUUUGUUUGCGUUGCUAGUGGGUGCCCUGCCUUUCGAUGACGACAACUUGCGGCAACUGCUGGAGAAGGUGAAGCGUGGAGUGUUCCACAUGCCCCAUUUUAUCCCUCCCGACUGUCAGAACCUUUUGCGGGGGAUGAUUGAAGUGGAUGCCUCGAAACGUCUCACGCUAGAACAUAUUCAGAAACACAUAUGGUAUAUAGGGGGUAAGAAUGAGCCAGAACCAGAGCAACCAAUCCCUCGAAAGGUGCAGAUUCGUUCUCUCCCUUCCUUGGAGGAUAUUGAUCCAGACGUGUUAGAUAGCAUGCACUCGUUAGGCUGCUUCCGUGACCGAAAUAAACUCUUACAGGACUUGUUGUCGGAAGAAGAAAACCAAGAAAAGAUGAUUUAUUUUCUUCUGCUUGACCGAAAGGAGAGGUAUCCUAGUCAUGAAGAUGAGGAUCUUCCCCCUAGAAAUGAAAUAGAUCCCCCCAGGAAGCGCGUGGACUCUCCAAUGCUGAACAGGCACGGGAAGCGGCGGCCGGAGAGGAAGUCCAUGGAGGUUCUCAGUGUGACAGAUGGUGGAUCCCCAGUUCCUGCUCGCAGAGCGAUUGAAAUGGCACAACAUGGACAGAGUAAAACAAUGUUCAGUAAAAGCCUGGAUAUCUCUGAAGCCAAUCCCAAAUUCAACAAAGAAGAAAGGAUGGCGAGUGCUGAUCCAUUGGGGUCUCGGUCAAUCAGCGGAGCAUCAUCUGGGCUCUCCACCAGUCCUCUCAGCAGUCCAAGGGUCACCCCUCACCCCUCUCCAAGGGGAAGUCCCCUCCCUACCCCCAAGGGGACACCUGUUCAUACGCCAAAGGAGAGCCCAGCAGGCACACCCAACCCAACACCACCAUCCAGCCCCAGCAUUGGAGGAAUGCCUUGGAGGACACGGCUCAACUCCAUCAAGAAUAGUUUCCUGGGGUCUCCUCGCUUCCAUCGUCGGAAAUUACAAGUACCUACACCGGAAGAGAUGUCUAAUUUAACCCCAGAAUCAUCCCCAGAGCUUGCCAAAAAAUCCUGGUUCGGUAACUUCAUCAACUUGGAGAAAGAAGAACAGAUUUUUGUGGUCAUUAAGGACAAACCACUAAGCUCCAUUAAGGCUGAUAUAGUCCACGCUUUCCUCUCGAUCCCAAGUCUCAGUCACAGUGUCAUCUCACAGACAAGUUUCCGUGCAGAAUACAAGUCCACAGGAGGUCCUGCUGUCUUCCAGAAGCCAGUGAAGUUCCAGGUGGACAUAACCUACACAGAAGGGGGAGAGGCGCAAAAGGAGAACGGGAUCUAUUCUGUCACUUUCACACUCUUAUCAGGUCCAAGCCGUCGCUUUAAGAGGGUAGUAGAAACCAUUCAGGCACAGUUGUUAAGCACACAUGACCAGCCUUCAGUGCAGCAGUUAUCAGACACCACUAACUGUAUGGAGUUGAUGACUGGCAGACUUUCCAAAUGUGGCAGCCCAUUGAGUAACUUCUUUGACGUAAUUAAACAACUUUUUUCAGACGAGAAGAACGGGCAGGUGAGCCAUCCCCCCGGCACGCCAACCAAGCAUAGCGCAAACAGCAAGCGGAGCGAUUCCGGUUCUAAUGACUAUGGGUCUAGAGGAGACAAUAAGUACCCUGCUGGCAAAGACAAGGCAAAGAUGGUCUCAUCAGUCGGCCUACAAGACCAACCUUAAAUAAACACAUAAAAAAUUAAAUAACUUAGAGAGAGAAAAAAAACAAAAAACAAAAAAACAAAAAACAAAACAAAAAGAAAAAGAAAAAAAGCAAGAAAGAAUGAAAGAAUAUUCCUUAGCAAGCUAGCCUCUAAACUAGAAGGAUGUAUAUACCUUGCCACAACAGUACAAAACUGUCUAUAGACAAAUUUUGUAUGAAGGAAUGACUGUAUAUAUAUACAUAUAUAUAUUUAUAUAUGAUAUAUAAUAUAUAUCUCAGAAACAAACACAAAAACAAACGAAUGAAAGAAUGAAAAGAAAAGAAAGAAAAGAAAAGGUAGCACAGAUGACAAACCCAGUUCACCAGAUCUUGGGUUGUGGUUUUUUUCGAUUGUUUUUUUUCCUCCCUUUUUUUGAAUGUUUUGCUUUUUUUCUCCUUCCUGAUUUUUUGGGUUUUUUUGGUUUUUUUGGUUUUUGGUUUUUUGGUUUUUUUGUUUUCUUUUGUUUUGUUUCUUGUUCUGUUCAUGCUCUCUCUGUGUUUCUGACGACACCACUUGUUUCCGCUCUGCUACCAGGAAUUAUCCCGAAAAGUUAACAUGUCAGCCACGGCUUCACCUUCUGUGCUCUGCGGACACUUGUUGACGGAAGGCAACCGAUGUAGACUGUCCAAGGACCAGUCCUGUUUGAGGUUCCCAGCCUCCCCUCUCCCUUCAGGAAGUGGGCUUCUCCCCCACUUCUCCCCAGACACUUCCCCAGUGCACGCCUGGUUUUUUUUUCUCCCCUCUCUUUUUCUUUUUUGGUGCUCCACAAGAGAGAUCUGCUCAGUUAUGGGAUUGCAGAGUCUGAGCUCAAAGGAGGUUGCAAAUUGUUGGAGUGAAUUAUUUACCCUUGGCAACUUCUGUCCGCGCAGGUGAACGCAGCCCGGAGAGGGAGGGUGUGGGGAAGGCGCGGGUGUAGCGGGAGCACAGUGUUCCAUGAAUCCAGAGCGCGUUCUCAUCAGAAACCAGCCAGGAGCAACUCAAAACUAAGCGUUGAACCAAGACAAUAUUGGGGAGCUUCAUCACGGGAUUUUCUUAUCUUUUUUUUUUUUUUUUUCCUCCCCACCACCUUUUGCUUUUCUUUUGCCCCCUUUUUUAUAUAUACAUGUAUAUAUGUGUGUAUAUUUAUGUAUAAAUAUGCAUACAUACAUAUAUAUAUAUAUACACACAUGAACUAAUUGGUUUUUUUAUACUGUAUCAUUUUGCUUUUUAACCUGCUGGAAGGGGAAAGGAGUAAUCAUAGGAGGGAGAGGGGGUUCAAUGAAUAAACACAUACAAACAAAACAUUAAAACUUAGGGAAAAGGCAACUUCUGGUAGCAAAGAAGAGGGACAAGACUCUGCCAAGGACUGUCUCUCCCAUCGCCAGGCACAGUUGCCGCUGCUGCUACUGCUGCUCCUCCUUCAACACCUUCCUCCCCACCUGUCAACUCCCUGCCACUGUGCCACCGCGCUGGGACCUUCUUCAACCAGCUGGAUCCUCCACCACACCCUGCAUUUAGAGGCAAUUGUUGUGUUGCUAGUGCUGCAUUGAUAUCAGUAUUAUUUCUUUAAGUUACCAGUUUCAUUUGUUGGCUUGGGUGAUUUUUUUCUUAAAAAAAAGGAAAAAAGAAAAAAAAAAGAAAAAAAAAGAAGAUGAAGAGGAGGAAGAAAAGAGACUUAUAUUGGGUUUUAUUUCCUCUGUGUGUAUGUGUGUGUGUGUGCAAAAUCACUGGCACUUAGUUCAUCAGAGCAAGACAAGGUGGAGUCAGGGCAAUGGGAGACUUAAUCACAAAGCUACUGUAAACUUUAAAAUUUACUGCAAGAUAUUUUUAUAAAGUUUUUGUUUUGGUUUUGGUUUUGUUUGGUUGUUUUGUUUUUGUUUUUGUUUUUUUUUUUUGAAGGGGAGGAGGGUGGGAUUGGGUGGAUGGGGACCUUUUUUUGUGUUUCAGUUAUUAGGUCUUGGUUAUUUAUAUAUACAUAUAUAUAUAUUUAAAAAAAUAAGCUGUUAGAUAUAUCUUCUGUUUAAUAACUGUGUAGAGACAACAUUGAUUCUUAUUUAUUUUGUGGAGGAGGGGGAAAAAAGAUACAGAAACCUUGUAAGUGUUCAUUUUGUGACUUUGAGAAAGAAGAAUUGCCACCUUUUUUCCUCCUCCUCAAGAGUUAUGUGACCAAGUGUAACUUAUUCUGGCCCAAGCUCAAAGGUUAAACAAACAAACAAAUGUGGUUUUACGCGUGGAAGACAAAACACAGUGAGAAGUAUUUCUUGACUGAGAUUUUAAGAAUGUAGGCUUAGCAUUAGUGUUCAGCUCUUUUAUGACCUUCGAUUGCUGCUCGUUGGGUUCCUAUGGGUGUAUGUUGUAUCGCAAGAUUUUUUUUUUUUUAAUGAUAAUGUUGGAUGAGUUCUUUUUUGUUGUUGUUGUCGUUGUUGGUUUUUUUAAUCAUUUUACCCCUUCUUGGACCAGUUUUACUUGUACAUAGGUUUGAAGAUUAAAAAGAAUUUUUAAAGACACAACUGGGGCAAAGACCUUUGACUUCUGCCCUGUUUCCCCAUUCCCCCAAAUGGGAGGGAUUUGUUUUAAUUUUUUUGCUUUAUUUAUUUAUUUAUUUAUUUUCCCUAUUCUUAAACUUUUCUCUCUCGUAUUGCUGUGUGCAUGUCAGACACCAGGGGGUGAUGGCUGGGGAGGGGGGGAGGCAAGGGUGCAGGAGAGGGGGGCAGUUUUAAUUGCAUGACAUUGCUGUAAAUUAGUCUCUUUUGCUUUCGUUGUCUUUCCUGCCUCUGCCCUCUCUCUACUUCUCCUCCGAGCUCCCCUCCCAUCACCCCCGUCCUUCUUUUCCCUCUUUUCUCUUCCCUUGUGUAUAGAUUUUGAUGCUUCUGUUACAUUGUACCUCUACAAAAGGCUGGGAUUUCAAUACAAGAUAAUAAUAAUAAUUUAAAAAUACCUAUAUCAGCAAAACCCAUGUGGUACAAGCAGGAAGGGGAUUACUUACACAAGAUAUAAGAAUAAAUGAAAGCAAUACCUCUUGUUAUCCUUCCUAUUUUGUACUUUGAAGACACACACGCGCGCACACACACAUAUACAGACACAAACUGACAUUAUUUAAUGGUUUGAAAUGGACAAAAAAAUCUGAUGUAUCCCUUGUUAAAUAACUGUGAGCAACUUUAGUUCAAAAACCAAUAAAUUCAUUCAGUAAAGAUA